UUUAACAAUACAAGAUACAAUAAAAAAUAGAAAAAAGCCCCAUAGAAACGCAUUAAAAACGUUUAAAAAACAGCCAGAGCCUAACCUCUGCUUGGAGAGUAACCUGAUAUGUUCCACGUAGUUACCUCAUCGAAAAGUCCAAUUUAAAAUGACGUCAUCUAACACCGGCCAAUGGUAGAGCUUCCAGCCAUCAUGUGACACUGACCACGUGACCGAAACUAUUAAGGAAGUGCCAACAUAGCAGUCGCCACAGAAAGUUCAUGUGAAUAUUUGAAACUCAUUUAAGCUUACAUUACACGGAUUUUCAUUUCCGUGGUUAUAAGAUGGCGAGUAAGCUGGCGAGCGACUUUGGCGAGCAGUUCCUGACGUGCCAGGUCUGUAUGCUGCACUUCCGGGACCCCAGAGUCCUGCCAUGUCUGCACACAUUCUGUAGGGAGUGUCUGCAAGAAUGGGCCACCAAACAACAGCCGCUGGAGUGUCCAACCUGCCGCACACAGGUCAGUCUACCAGACAAAGGUGUGGACGGACUCAGGACCAACUUCUACGUCAACAACCUGUUGGACUUCGCGGCCGUGAAGAAAGAGGCGGGGCCAGGUGUGCCGUGCCAGGUGUGUGAGGGAGGGCGUGAUCAGACUAAGUUAUGGUGCACGGAUUGCGCCAUGUUGUUGUGUGAGUCUUGUACCGCCAUACAUCGCAAGGUUCCAGUUACAAGUCAACACGAACUUGUUCCACAGGAGGGUACGGAGGGAAGGGAGGGACCAGAUAGACCCCAGCGCAAACGGCACUGCCACAAGCACAAGAGCCAGGAACUGGUGUUCUACUGUGAGAGCUGUAACGUUUUGGUUUGUACGGCAUGUACCGUGAUCGACCAUCGACCAGGCAAAGAUCACAAUCCGGUAGAAAUCUCAACCGUCGCACAAAGGGGGAGAGAGACACUGAAGGGCCUUCUUGAAGACAUAGUCCCGCGUAUGAAAGAAAUGCAGGCUUCCUCCAAGGAAGUAGAAAAGAAAAUGUCAAACUUAAACCCCGCGAAAGAAGCAGCCACAGACCAAGCCAAGGCGUAUUUCCACCAACUUGCUGACCUUCUCCAAAAGCGAGAAAGUGAGAUUUUGAGACAAAUUGACGACCAGUGCCGAGCCGAUGGCAAGGCUCUACAGACACAGAAGGAAGCGAUAGAGUUUGAGUUGGCCGGACUGACGAGCGCACAGACCUUCUGUCAACAAGCUGUAGAACGCGGAAGUGACGUGCACAUUCUGGAGGUGGGAAACCAAGUCCAAACAAGGGUAGAAACUCUGCUGGCAAAACAACAGGACCUGGAGUCCGACUGGAGCGAGUUUCAGUUCGUCGAGAACACGACCGUCAAAGACUUUAAUGAUGAAGUUUGGACCUUUGGUGGACUAAAGACUGACGUGGACGUUUCUAAGUGCGGCGUUGUUGUGAAGCCGGCAGUUCAGGGGUUCCAUUGUUCUGCUUCACUGACGACAGUGAACAGAGCCGGACAUGCGUGCGUUACACACAGUAGAGCUGUCACGACCAACAUGAAGGACCCGUCUGGGACCGGCGUCCCCACAAAACUACAGAUGGGGAGCGAGGGCCGCUGGGAAAUCUCCUACGUACCCAAGGUCACGGGAAAUCAUAGUUUAGAGGUCAAGGUCAACUCGCAAGAGGUGGCGGGGAGUCCGUUUGAUGUGACGGUACAAGACAAGGGCACACCUGUGUUAACCAUCGGACGGAAAGGCGGUGGGGUGGGGGACCUGGACGGGCCGCUAGAUGUCGCUGUGGACACGGACGGUACCAUUGUGGUGGUGGAGCAGGGGAACCGGCGGGUUCAGAUGUUCCAUGCAGACACAGGUGGGUGUCUGGGCGGUUUCCCGGUUAGCGGCGAGGGCCCGUACGGACUGGGGCUGGACUCUGAGGGGGCGAUUCUUGUCACGUCUUUGGGAGAAGAUUGCGCGAUAAGGAGAUACUCAAAGCAAGGCGCACUUCUGAACAGCGUCCAGCCCGACUGCCUGUGCCCUUCCGGAGCUGCAGUUCUGCAGGACGGCCGCAUGGUGGUGUCGGACUCGGCACAGGGGUCCUGUCUCCUACUGGAGCAUGAUGGGAGCCUCAUCCGGGACAUCGGUAGUGGACACCUACAGUUCCCGUCAUCCAUAGCGGUGGACGAGUCACGUGGUGUGAUUUACGUCACGGACCGGUUCGCGCACAAGAUAUUUGCAUUUGACCUUGAGGGCAAUCUGACGUUAAGUUUUGGUAGGCAAGGUCAGGGUGAUGGCGAGUUCCAGAGUCCGGCAGGUGUGGCGUUAGACCCUGCAGGUAACGUCAUCGUAGGUAACGCAGGUGACGGCCGCGUGCAGGUGUUCGCGCCUGACGGGAGUUUCGUCAGGAACGUCGCGACGGUGACGGGGAAGAGCGCGCGCGGUGUGGCGGUGACUCCGGAGGGCUUAUGUGUGGCCGUGGCGUGCUACAAGGGACACUGUGUAGAACUGUACAGGUACAUGUGA